AUGAUUGCAAUUGGAGAGAAUGGGUCCGAUUUACACCACGCUGAUUAUCGACACGAUGUGCUCAUACCAUAUAUAGCUCGUACAAAAUAUACAUUUGAUGAGACAUACGGCCCGGAUAUGGAAGCAAUCAUACGUGGUAGGAUGACCAUCUAUGUACUGGGCUAUCAGUUGGUCACUGUACCCGUUAUGCUAUGGCACAUGUCGCCAGUGAUGACACAGUUUUGGGUCGGCACAGACAACUCAUUUCUAGGCACUGUAGCAACUAUUUUAAGUCGACUAUACGCUAUG